AUGCCUGUAAAGUCACGGCAAGAGUUACAGACAUUGAAUGUGCAAAACCUGAACCUCAAGACCAAUAUUUAUGGCAACAUAAUGAUACCCCCACUGAAUGGGGGCAACAAAUCUAUAUCAUUGGAAACUGGCGUACAUUUGGCUGAGAUUAACGGCACGGAUGGUCAGUACGCCUCCAUCCAGUCGGUCGACGGCACCCCUAAUGACAACAAAAAUCUUGUCAAUAGACUCAACAGCAAUGGACAGUCGUUGUUGAGAAAGGGUGACAAAAGUGGUAUCAAUCGAUACGAUUCCGGUUACGGAUCUUAUAAUGAGUUUCGCACUAACAGUGGAACCACUUUUAGUGAAACUGUUAGUCCGUUGAGUAGUCCGUUACUGGAGACGGAUCAGCUCAACGAUAUUGAAAGCAUCAAUGCUAAUAAUCAAUACGUGAUAACUGAAUGGCAGUCAUACACGGGCGAGGGUCUGGUCGCUCAGCAGUACUCCGAGCCCUCGACGCCUACAUCACCCGUCGGGCCCGCAUUCACCGGCAAAAAGUCGAUCCAAAUCCCCGCCGCCAUACCGGAGUCGCCUACCGUCGUACCUCCCGGCGCUCAACAGAAAAACAAACGCAACGAAUACAUACGACUGGUCGAGCGGUUCGGCACCGACUUGAAGGACACGUGUCUGUUCCCACUGGCGCUGCCCAUGGAUGGCAGCGACGUAUUCAAGGGUAAGUCCGAUUGGACGUCCAUCUCGAUGCUGGCCGACUGUGUGCUUAUCAAAUGGCUGGAAAACAGUGAGCGGCACCGGCAGCGGACAGUCAACAAAGUCCUACCCGACGCCGUCAAAUACAUGUGCCCUAAACCCGAACUCCAGAGCCGUUUGCUUCAGUGCCCGGACGCCAAACUGCCCCUAAGGCGGACCAACUCGGAGCUGGACUUUCAUAAAUUGGGUUUCCAGGAGCGCAAGGGACUGGUGCAUCACAAGGGCAACACUACCGGUGCCACCAAACGCCAACAGUCCAGCGAUAGUAGCCGUAGAGGUAGUGCUGCGACACCCGGAGUCAGGGAUGACAUCGACCUAAACGUCGGCAGUGAAAAGGGUCGCUUCCGGGCCAAUACAUCGCUGAGCAUACGGCGCAAGUCCGUGCACUUCACGGCGCCGCCUAAAUCAGGCAAAAAAGACCGCUUCGACCUGCGAGUGGGCGGUAACCUCAAGACGGACGCCAAGGCCUUAGUCCAGUCCAUACGUCUGGAGAAUCCCAUAUCACUGGCCCUACAGAUCACCAAAAUCGAGAAGGAGUUGAUGACUGGCCUGCCGUCCGACGAAGUCAUGUCUCUAGUGCUGCGAAAAGGCAAGAAUACCGACGCCAAAAGCCGGCUCUCCAAACUCAUAGACUUUGGCCACGAGUUGUCCCAAUUAAUAGCCGAUAUCAUUGUCCGGGAGGUGACCGUCGAGGCUCAGGGCAAGAAAAUUGCAGCCCUUAUCGAGGUCGGCUGUGUAUUACGUAAACUAAGGAACUGGCAGUCGUUGACGAGUCUAAUACGUGGCCUACAAUUGCCCCAAAUCUACGGCCUGAGUAACGCCUGGUUUGUCACCCGAGCUAAAUAUCCCAUACAUUUCAAUGAUUACCUAAAACUAUCACAAGUGGUGCGGAACGACAGCAUCGCAAUCCUGCGGUCGCACCAGCCGUCCAUACCAUCCCUGUCCUCGUUCGUGGCGCUACUCCGGGUGCGCUGUUUGGCCACAUGGGACCUACUGGACAGUCAGCCCCGAUGGACAGAGUCGCCGAACCUCGCGCUAUGGCUCGAGCGUCAGAUGUUGUCCACAAUUGCCAUCCAGGAGUCCAUCGUCAACAGCGCCGACCGUAUGGCUGAAGCCAUUCGUAAGAAACAGAAAAAACAGAAACAAAUCUACGCUAUCGUCGAGAAGUUUCGCGAAACAGCCGUUGAGUCCCAUUUGGAUAAGUGUCUGAAGGAACUGUCGCCCGAAAAGCGCUCAUUUAUGCCCCUCAAUGACCCCAUCUAUUUCAUUGAGGACGAC